AUGUCAUCAGGCGGGCCGUUAUCACAAUCACUCAAUAAUCGAUUUAAUCAGUUAGCGCCAUUACAAUAUUUUCCUCAUAUUUCACCUCUUCCAUCACAAAUUUUGCCGCAUCGUAUUAAACUUAAGCGGUCGCGUCAACGCGUCGACGCUGGAGAACCAAGAAAUUCCUAUCAGGGCAAUCGCCUACCAAUGUUGCAACAACGAUUUGCAAACGGUUUUCAGUUGUUAAAUAGCGGUGAAACAACAUCAACACCAUCGGCCUCAUCAGCACUAAACGCUAUUUUCCCAUGGAUUACUCAGUCUACUCAAAAUACAGAUGUAAAUAGUAACGAAGGAGAAGCGAUGAAAGAUUGUGAUGUUGUACAUGAUUUAAGUCAACACAAUACUGAUAAUGAUGAUACUACUAUACAAGAAAGAGAAACGUCUAGAAAAUCAUCGGUAUGUGAAGAAGAUGAAGAAGAAUUACUCGAUAGCGAAAGGAAUCCAAAUGAAAUGGAUUUAAACAAAGAUGACAAAGAGAAAGAGAGUUGCGAUGAAGGAAGCCCAACGCUUAUUGCGGGCAGUUCUUCAUCUUCAAGGAGAAAAAAUGCACUUCCGCAACGGCAAUGCUUUAAUAAGCUUCAAGAAAUGUUUGAAACACAAAGGAGAUUUUAUUCGCAAUGGAUUGAACAACAAAGAAAAAUACUUGGUGCAAAUGAAGAAGAACAUAAACGGGUUCAAAUUCAACAAGUUCAACAACAAUUGCAACGUGAUUUUGCAAAACUUGCGCAAUCAUUAAAACAAGAACUUAUUAGUACUCUCAACAAUAGCAUUGAUAAAAUAAUAAAUGAAUUCAUUACGGCAGAAGCUGCAAUAAGUGCACAACGAAUUUCUGCAGCAGCAUUAGAAAAAGAACAAUCUCUUGGAAGGAAUCCGUUUCUAUUUCAACCAUUUUAUACUCAUUUUAAUGGCCAAUUUGCAAAUCCUUUUAUAAAUUCAACGAUGAAUCCGUCCGGUAUAUUUCCAUCAGUUACCCAAUCAACUGGAUUCAAUCCAUUCAUAUCACAUAUAAAACCACCAUCACCAACAGCCACAAUACGUAAAGCCGAUGAUUUAAGCCCGUUUAUGCCUCGCAAAAAGAGAUCGAAGGUGACUGAUUGUACGCGGCUUAAUAAAUUGUCUUCAGCGGGAAAUCGCGAAGGAUCUCAUCCAGAUAGUGCUCGAUCAUCACCAAUGCUUUCAUCAUAUUUUCCUCCAACAAUGGUUGGUCAUCCUAUGUAUGGUCAAGGAAAUUUUGGAAGUGAAGAGCGAGAAAGUCCAAUCAAUUCAGAUGAUGCUAGCGAUUGUGGGCCUUACGAAAAUAGCACUGGAUCAAGUUCAACACUGACUCCAAUGCAUUUACGAAAAGCGAAAUUAAUGUUUUUUUAUACGCGUUAUCCGAAUUCAGCUUUGCUGAAAUCAUAUUUUCCUGAUAUACGUUUCAAUAAAAACAAUACAGCUCAGCUUGUUAAGUGGUUUUCAAAUUUUCGGGAAUUUUUUUAUAAUCAAAUGGACAAAUAUGCCCGAAAUUAUUUAGCUGAAGGAAUAAAAAAUAAAGAAGAUAUUAUUGUAACUCCAGAAUCAGAAAUUUAUAAAAAUCUUAAUCAACAUUAUAAUCGAAAUAAUCAUAUUCAACCACCGGAAAAGUUGACUUUGGUUAUACAAGAAACAUUACGGGAAUUCUUUAGUGCUGUUCAAAGUGGACGUGAUUCAGAGCCUUCAUGGAAGAAAACAAUUUAUAAAGUCAUUAAUCGAAUGGACGAUACCAUUCCAGAAUAUUUUAAGGAUCCAAAUUUUUUGGAACGUUUAGAAGGCUGA